CGACAAUGCAUACCUCAGCAGCGACAGCUUGCCCGCCACCGACCAGGCAAUCACCACGUCGCUGCUGAUCUCGUUUGCUCUUACCCCCCCCUCCGCCCAAUUUCCACCUAUUCUCCCGAGCCAAUAUCGUUCCGCUAUUCUCCCCACUCCCACCCUUCACCACCCACCCUCAAAAUACGUGCUACCAUGUCUGGAGAAGCGGAUGACAACGUCCUGACGCUACAAUCGUUCAUCGAAGGGCAGCUGUCCUACGAUGACUGCGUGAAGCUGCUGAGAGUUUGCAACAACGACCUACAGCAAGCGCUCAACAAGUUCUAUGACCAAGGCCCCAGCGCACUGCAAGAGUCUUUUCAAGAGGAGAAGGCAUGGGAUAGCAGCGCCUUCCACGCGGAUAGGUACGGCCAAAAUGAUGGUCCCAACGUCCCAACCUUCAACAUUGACUAUGCUCGGGGUAUUGACAACUACCCUCACAGUGGAGCUCCGAGCCGACCGCCUUCACGAACGAGCCAUCGAUCCGGAGCCUCUGGCGCUCAUGCCGGCGAUGUCCCAGUUCAAAGCGUCGAGACCGGCCCACAGGAGUCAGGUGUGAUAGGUGAUUCAGGAGCCCACUUUGGCCCUGCAAACAGACCAUCCUACGAUGACAGCCAGUGGGCUUUGGUUCCUCUUACAACGAGUGCUGAGUUUGUUCCAGAUGCAGUUCCGAGCCAGCGCAAACGCGAAGAGGACGGCCCAGUUAUCCUCAAACCCAUACCCAGCGGAGACUAUCUUCCCGCAUUGAUAACAAUUCUUCAUUCGAUCCCUCUAUUUCGGAACGCCCUGCUUGCACCUGCCGUCUUUCUGAAGGACUAUACCAUUGAGGGAGAAUGGUGGAAAGGCGAUACACCAGAACCGGCGCGCACCGUCGAAUACGGCUCAGGAGACGAUUCAGCGUCUGAAUUGGAUAUGCUUCAUGAGGUACAACGUCUGAUGGCUUUCCUGGACUCUUCAGACCGGGCCUAUGGAAGCGUUGGUCGUUUACAGCAGCUCGACGCAUUCAAGAGAGCCAAGGAAUCCACCGACCAGUCCGGCGAACCCGAAGCUCUUGCAUUUCUGAUGGCAUGGGGCAAUGCAUAUCAGGGACACACACCGCAUGCGGCCUUGAACUCGGUCCUCCGGAACGUCUUCAAAGCAGAGGGCCAGAACCAAGAGUCAUGGAUGCUUGAUGCUACCGUAAUACACCACGAUCCCACCACGGAACUAACUCUGUACGACGUACUUGAUCAGACUCUCUUCGUCACGUCUUCUGGAAACGCUCAUAUCGUUGACAUCAGUAAUGUCCUCGUUUUGCGACUCACGGCUUCCAACACGAACUCAGCUGGCCUCAACUGCAAAUUCCCCGCGACGUUCUAUGCAGACAGGUAUCUCGAAAAGAACCGGGCACAAAUUGACGCUAUGUUUGGGGAAAUGAAGCAAUAUGAAGACAAGAUUGCGGAAAUGGAUGAGAAGGCGUCAAGACUCAAGUACCAACAGGACAAGACAACAGGCAAGCCAGUCGAUGCUUUGAAGCUUCUCAAAACAAGCAUCAUCGCAUUCGAGCCAAAGGAGGACGAUUCCGCCUUUGAGAACACUAAGAACAAAACAAUACUGUCCCAAUUGCAAUCCAUUUAUGAGAGCGUGGAGCGCAAGAUCAAUGCACUAGAAGAAGAAAAGAAGAAAGUUCGGGAAACUCUGGAUAGAAUCUCGAGCCGGUUCAAAGGUCCCAUGGACAAUGGUACCGAAUCCGCAAUGGUUGCUACCGAGCCCAGCUCUACAAUAAAUGGAUUUUCUUCACACGCGCUCACCUCCCCCUUUAAGCUCUACGGUGUCUCAACCCGCCCAGGCGUCUACUACCUCCUUCACCCCGACAUCAAAUCCGACAUCCCCGACGCCAAACAAUGGUGGCGCAUCGAAUACUCCACCGCAACAUCUGAAGCAUAUGUCCUCCGUGAGCGCCUCACACUUGCCAACGUCCUCGAAAAAGCCAGCUCAGAGCAUUCCUCGGCUCUCCUGGUCUACGCAAACGAAGAAGCGACCCGCGUCAAACCCGCCGAUGUCCCAGAACAACUGCAGAAAUUCGUGAAGCAGGACAACCUCAACUUCUUGGAAGAGCUCACAGAUGACCUCGAAGGCAAAUCUGGCGUCCAACAGAUUGGUGAUUGGGAUAAGAAUCUGUCGACGUAUGCAGAUGAUGGAUUUGCGCACUAUGGCGGAACCUCCAAUAUGUCGGCUUUUGGGAAUCAAUUUGAAAGUAUAAAUACCGCACAAUUCCAUUCUCAGAACCAGGAGAGUGGCAGGAAGGACGGUGGGGACGAGGAAAUGAGUUCGACUACGCUAACGCCGAAUACCGAGGUUGGAGAUGACGGCGCGGGAGAGGAAAUGCGGGAGGUCAAUGGUGGGAUGGGGGCGUGGGUUGGGAAUUAUAGCAAUGCGAGUUCAGAGACUGUGGGCAGGGAUACUAUGGACGUCCCGGUUUCCCAGCAGCCGCAGACAGUUCAUAUGCGGGAUGUGGAGAUGGGGAAUGUAAGAUCCAGUCAGAUGAUGGAUGUGGAUUUGAGAGGUCCAGAUGAUAGGGAAUCUAGUGUUAGGCAUAUUGAGGUCUUGGAGGAAAGGAAGGGUGGCUAGACCUGCGGCUUCCUUCUCCAAGUGGUGGAUGGAUGAGUGGGCCUAUGCUGUGAGCCAGGCUUGCGAAGGAAAGGGGUUUCGUGUGCAUAUUCACAUCAGUUGGGUUUCAGGGUCUGGGACGGGGUGCAUGCAUGGUUAUCUAGACCACAGCUAGGGCUAAGGCUCAAGCUGCGACUGGGUGUGCAUAUUCGGCCGACCGCGUUUCUUUCAUCAUGAGAAUCGAG